GGAUGAGGGGGGGGACGAGGACGAGGAGGCCGCGCUAGGAGAGGUCGCGGCUGCGCGCCUGGUCCACUUCAAGUUUGAGCCGAUGAUCCUCCACGUGCUGACCGCGUCGCCGGAGCACGCGCAGCUGCUCCUCCGGUGCGGCCUGCAGGCCGGCUUCCGCGAGAGCGGCGCCAUCAACCUGGUCCCGUCCGCCGCCAUCGCCGCAUCUGAAGGCCAGGCGACGCCGAUGGUGGCCAUCCGGUCCGCCGGGCUCGCGUUCGAGUCGCUGGUCGGAUUCUGUCGGCCCGGGACUGGCGUUAACGACGGCGACGCAGUCGGCCGGAUCCGCUGCACUGUGUCCCCGGCGUACCUGCGGACGCUGGUCCGGCUCGCCAACGCGCGGUUCGUCGAGAACGCCCGCCGGAUCGAGAGGUUCCUAGACGCGCUCGCGGAGGCGACUGGCGCGAGUCCGGGUGAGAGAGCAGGGGAGCGGUGGGAGGACGCGCAGGUCCGGAAGGAGAGGAAGAAGGCGGAGGGGUUGCAAAGGAGGGAGGAGCUGCGGCGGCAGCAGCGAGAGUGUAAGCGAGAUGGUGAUGCUAUUACUAUUGUCCCGAAAGAUGCUGGGGUGGAAGACAUGACCCUCGGUGUAGGCUUUACGUAGCAU